AUGGUAUUAUUUGCACCAUAUGCUGUCUUUUUUAUUAAAAUUACCAGCCACUCGGGAACACAUAUUUCACUCUCCUCUUCUGUUGUUGCGAAAAGUGUGGCUGUGUUUCUGGGCAUACCAUUGGGCGCGGCAAUCAUCACCCGUAUCUUUCUUCGAAAUAUCGCGAGCCCUCGCUGGUAUGAUCAAGUGUUCCUGAAGUGGAUGGGGCCUUGGUCACUUAUCGGACUACCCUUUACAAUUCUUGUUUGGCUGACGUCUCAGGGACACCAAGUCGUCCACCAGAUUGUAUCAGUGAUUCGGGUCGCUGCUCCGCUGGUUGUUUACUUCAUCAUCGUCUUCCCCGCUACGCUUCAUGUGGCCUAUAAGUUCGGUUUUGGCUAUAAGUUGGCCACAACUCAGAGUCUCACGGCAGCCAGCAAUAACUUUGAGCUUGCCGUUGCUGUUUCUGUCUCGACUUUCGGGGCCAACAGUAAUCAAGCACUUGCUGCGACUGCCAGCCCGCUGAUAGAGGUUCCUGUCCUUUUAGGUCUUGUUUAUCUUGUUAAAAUUAUAGCCAAAAGAUUUGACUCCAGAAACUAA